GAUAGAGGUGACCGCAGUGCACGCCAGUGGUACAUUUCACAAGGUCGAUAACGAUGCGACGAUGGUGACUUCGGGUUCCCGUGAAUCUCUUCGGAGCUUGAAAACGAAAACCACCGACGGCGGCGACUCUGGUUUCCAUGAUGGAUCGGAAAGCCGAGAUGAAACAGGUCGAUCUCACUCGACAAGACGAAGUCGAGCAGCAGCUAUUCAUAAUCUCUCUGAAAGGAAACGAAGAGAUAGAAUUAAUCAAAAGAUGAAGACCCGACAGCAGCUGGUGCCAAAUGCAAGCAAGACAGAUAAAGCAUCAAUGCUUGACGAAGUGAUAGAAUACUUGAAACAACAGCAAGCACAAGUUCAGAUGAUGAGUAUGAGAAGCAUCCAUCCCAUGAUGAUGAUGCAUCUAGGUCUGCACCACCAGCAGCAGCAACAGCUACAAAUGUCUGUUUUAAGUAGGAUAAUGGGAGGCAUGGGUGUUAACCAUCAUGGCUUAGGAAUGGGCAUGGGAUUGCUAGAUAUCAACGCCACCUCCAUGGCACGCAACGCUUCCCAAUCUCUUUUGCAUCUUCCGCCACCCUUCACGACAGCUGCACCACCGCUUAUGGUUCCUUCAGGAGCCGUAGCCUACGGUGCAGCAACUCAAGCGAAUACAAGUGGCAGCUCUAAUGCCCCCAUCCCUUUGCCUGACCCAUCUUGGGCUUUCCUAACUCAAUCGAUGAACAUGGAGCUGUACGAUAAGAUGGCAGCAGCACUGUGUCAGCCUCAAACGAAUCGAACAGAGACAGCUAGCAGUCCAUUGCCAUCAAACAACGUAAAAGUGGAUUGAGAUUAAUCUUCGUAUAACAUAAACCUAGAUUUGUUCUGGUCUCAUAAUUGCAUGUUUUUUUUUUU